ACUACUUUUUUACAGUCUCCUGAUAAAGCAUGGGAGGAGAAUCAAUGAGUGCCAUUGAAUCAAACCCAAUUGCAGAAAGUCCACAGUUGCAGAGCGUAACAGAUAAUUCUUCAAUGAACAAUGUAUCAGUGUUAUCCAAUUCAACAUUGCAGCAUGAAAAUGUGUCAUAUGGAAAUUCCAAUUUUUCAAUAUGUCAAUCUGACCCAGCAUUUUGGAAGGAUUUGAAAGAAGCACAAUGCUACUGGAUUUCUAUAAAAGAAAUUCCUGAUCAAAAUGUUGGAGAUCAAAAUUUUAAAAAAUCCCAAAAAGUUACUGACACCAAAAUAAGGUGCUGCUCUCUUAACUUUUUUUUUUUAAGUUGAAAAAUGGUGAAGUUCAAAAAAAUUAUUUUUUUGCAAUAAGCGUAUGCCUCGCCACCUCACGGAUGCGUUUUUUUAAACCUUGCUGUUGACAGCUUACUUUGGGUUUCUCCAAUGCCUGUAUAAUUUCUGUGCUUCUUCAACUCAUAGAUGGCAGUUCUUGUCUUGUAAGUGGUGCUGGAAAGGACAGGAAAGUUACCAUCAAAAGCCUGAGUGGGACAAGGUGGUCAGCAAGAGCCAUUUCUACUAAAGUUUUACAUUCAAAUUACAAUUAUAUUCUUGCUUUUAUGACAUAGGCACAUAAUAAUGUUACGAUUUGAUGCUACUAGUAUUUAAGUUCAGGAUAAAACUGCAGAUUUGGCUCUUGGUGUUCGAUCGCUUAAGGUGAGUUUCCAC